CAUAUCAAAAGCUUUAGCCAUCACUCUCUCUCUCUCUCCUAAUCUUCUUUUGCUCUCUCUCUCUUCCAAUCUUUUCUUCUGACUGCCAUACAUACAUGGAAAACAAAGAGGUUGAGGGGAAUGUUGUCUGGUUCGAAAUCAUUCAUCAUCUCGAAUAUGAUAAGGCAGGAUGAAAAGUGAUUUCGGACCAGGCUUCAUUCCCCUCAGCUAUUAUAGUCGGAUUCGUAUUAUCUUCUUCUUCAUUUCAAGUGUAUAGAAAAAUGGUCUCCUGCGGCAAAAUUCAAGAUUGAAGAAGGAUUACACAAAAAGGGUAUGCACUACUAUGCAUAUGAAGGAUAAAUUGGAAUGGCAGCAAAAUCAGGAACAUCUAGUGAUUAAUCACAUGGGUGGAAAAAAGAGAAGUGGGAGACUUGAUUCGGUUACAAUUGCUUUAGUUCAAAUAGAAACGUGUUGUUAUGGUGAUGGCAGAGGUGAUUGGAACAUUUAUUUUGAUGUUGUGUGUAAGUGGAAUAAUAGCAAGCACAAAAUUCCAAAAUGGUGAAGUGGGGCUUCUAGAGUAUGCAGCCACAGCAGGAUUAACAGUGGUUGUUAUCAUCUUCUCCAUAGGACCAAUUUCUUGUGCACAUGUCAACCCAGCUGUCACAAUUGCCUUUGCCACAAUUGGUCAUGUUCCAUGGUACAAGGUUCCAAUUUACAUAAUAGCACAGAUAGUAGGUUCUAUAUUUGCCACAUUUAUAGGUAGCCUUGUUUAUGGCAUAAAAUCAGAGGUUAUGAUCACAAGGCCAAUCCAAGGUUGCAACUCUGCAUUGUGGGUUGAACUCAUUGCAACUUUCAUCGUCAUGUUCCUUGUUGCAGCUUUGACAUCUGAGCAUGAAUCAGUUGGGCAUUUAUCUGGCUUUGUUGCUGGAAUUGCAAUUGGUCUUGCUGUACUAAUCACAGGUUACUGAAAAGAGAAAUGGAAGCAACCAUCUCAACUACCUCCACAGCCUCAUCAAUCACCCGCACUAGCUUUGUGAAAAACAGACCUCUGGGGAACUCAUCCUCUUCUAUUCUUGCGUUGCCUACAGUGUCAAAGUUGGGAAAGGAAAGCCUUCUAUUGAGGAAGAAA